GGGCAAAUGUUUUCGAGUCAGAAGUCAUGAAUCAAGAACGAGAUAAGGUACUUCGUAGCGCGAGCCUCUUCAAAAACCAAGCAACAAACCAUCCACGUGUCCCAACGCCCAACUUUCAUACCACUCAUCUCAAGUCCACUUCACUUCAAAACCGUGUCGUCUCUUGAUGUGCGUUAUGUCGGACUGCGCAGAGGAUGCCGUUGAUAGGUCGGGUGAAACGAGCCCCUGGUACAGAUGGAGAGCCAAGUUGUGGAUGAAGUUGGAUGUCUGAUCUCUGUAGCAUUCGGGGAACGAGAGCAGGAGACCUCCUCAGCAAGCCGCAACAGGAAGUGCGCCGUUUCCUCCACCAAAGCCAGAAAAGCCGCCUUUGCCGUUGGCGCCGUACGUAUCAUCCUCGUCGGAGUCGGAGUCGCGGCGGCGUUUGUUGAAGCCGGGACGCUGGUCAGGCAGAUCCAUGCCCAGGGACUCCACGCCCGACUCGACCUCGGCCUCGGACUCGGUUUCCUCCAUGAUCGCGCAAGAACCCGCAGCAGCCUUGCGGCCGGAGUUGACCUUCUUGCCCAAGGUCUUGUUCUUGCCAAGACCCUUCUUCUUGCCCUUGGCGUUACGCUUCUUUCCAGCACCGCGUCUGAACGGAACGCCAUCCAUCUUGGCAACAAGCUCCUGGAUCUUCUCCUCCCGUUUGGUCGUGUCCUUGAUCUUCUUCGUCUUCACGACGGCGCGACAGUGGCUGCAAUUCUUGUGAUUGAUGCGGCCCAGAGCAUCCUUAAAGUGCCGCUUAUUACGGCACUUACGCUCCCUGGAGCAGUAGGCCUGGUCCUUGCAAGAAGGAUCCAAGUGAUGGCCGGUGCAACGAUUAACAUUGCCGUACGGGGUCGGGUUGGCGUUGUAAAAGUCGGCGGUGCAGCUGGCGUGGAGCAUCUCGCCGUUUGGUCCUCUCAGAGGGGCAUCGUCCCCAUCGAGGCUACACUGCUCCAGAAAGUCAUCCUGGGCCGAGCCCAGCGGGCUCGCUGAGCUCGCUGAGCUCACCGAG